AUGUCAGGCAUUGGGGAAAUUUUGAAAGCAGCUGGUGAUUUUGGGCGAUUCCAGAAAUGGCUGGUGCUGCUCUCUGUGAUCCCCUGCUUCAGUGUGUCUUUCCACCAGUUUUGCCAGCUUUUCAUGGUCCCAUUUGUGCCUUACCACUGUGACACCAGCUGGAUCCGUGCUGUCGGCCCCAACCUGACUGAGGAAGAGCAGCUGAACCUCACCCUGCCCCGGGGCACGGACGGGCAGUUCGAGCAGUGCUCCAUGUACUCCCCGGUGGACUGGGACCUCGACUCCAUCCUGGCCUAUGGGCUGAAUGACACACAGAAGUGCAGCAAUGGCUGGGUGUACCCCUCAGGACAGCCACCAUCCCUGCUGACCGAGUUUGACUUGGUGUGUGACAGGAAGGACCUGAAUGACAUUGCCCAGGCCAUCUACAUGGCAGGGCUGCUCCUGGGAUCCAUGAUCUUUGGGCCAAUGAGUGACAGGAUUGGCCGCCGCCCAGUCAUUCUGAUCUCCGUCUUCCUCCAGGGCUUGUUUGGUCUGGGAAUUGCCUUUGUGCCCCAUUUCUAUGUGUACAUGGCCUUCAGGUGUGUCGUGGGGGCUUCCGUGUCAGGGAUCACUAUGACAAUUCUGGCCUUAGGGAAACACCCUGUUUGCCUCGGGGGAAAUCAUUUGGAUUACUCUGAGCCUUCCUUCUUCCCUUCAGCUACAGAAUGGAUCGGUGUCUCCUCCCGGCCAAAGGCAGUGCUCACUUCUCACUGCUAUUUCGCCAUCGGGCAGAUGAUUUUAGCUGGCUUGAGUUAUGGGAUUCGCAACUGGAGGCUGCUGGAAAUUGCAGGAUCUGUUCCUAUAUUUGCUUUUUUCUUCUUCAUCAGGGUGCUCCCAGAGUCAGCUCGCUGGCUGGUGACCAAAGGCAGAAUCGAGGAAGCCAAGAAGCUCCUGCAGAAGGCGGCAGCCACCAACAAGCGCAGCCUCCCACCAGAGCUCCUGGAGCAGUUGAAGCCUGAGAAAGAAGCCAAGUCUGGAAGUUUCCUGGAUCUCUUUCGGAAGAAGCACCUCCAGAAGGUGACUUUAAUCAUGUCAUGUGUCUGGUUUGUGAACAGCAUUGUCUACUACGGGCUGAGUCUGAACGUGACAAAUUUUGGCCUGGACAUCUACCUGACUCAGCUGGCCUUUGGAGCAGUGGAAAUCCCAGCCCGAGUUGGUUGUAUCUUCAUCCUGCAGAGGUUUGGGAGGAGGAAAACGCAGGCUGUUCUCCUGGUGCUGAGUGGCCUGGUGUGUCUGGUCAUCACUGGCAUCCCUGAAGACCAGCCCGUGACAACCACCGUCCUGGCCACCAUUGGCAAGUUUGCUGCCUCAGCCUCCUUCUCCACCUCCUACGUCUACGCUGCCGAGCUCUUCCCCACGGUUGUCAGGCAGACGGGCGUGGGGCUGUGCUCCAUGUCGGCGCGGGUGGCCGGGAUCCUGGCCCCGCUGAUCCGUCUCCUGGCCCAGUACCACGGGGCCAUCCCCAUGGCCAUCUUCGGGAGUGCCCCCGUGCUGGGGGGGCUGCUCUGUGUCCUGCUGCCCGAGACCCGUGGCACCGAGCUGGCAGAUGACACAGGGGACGGCCACCCCCCUCAGGUCUGCAAAAAUGCCACCAGCGGCUCCCAGAAUGGGCAGGUGAAAGGAAAAGGUGGUGACCAAGACAACGAGAGCACAAAGACCACGUACUUCUAGCUGGGUCUGCAGGUGGCUGUGGGUGAAGGCAGCCCAGUGCUGUGUGGGCACUGAGGACAGGCAGGGUCUCUCCACCACAGGACACCACCAUUGCUUAGGCCCUCACUGCCAAUUCUUGGGUUUCCUUGUCUUUUUUGCCUUCCUGUAUCUCUCUCUGUAGCUGGUCCUCAGGCACUAUAGGCUGUCACUGGUGUCCAAAAGAGAAAAUUCUGGCUCUCACCAGAGAAAACUGGGUGCUUUUUACUUGAGGGAAAAAAGAAAGAAAUCAAGAAUUAGAAUGGAGGCACUUUCUCUUCGUUUUUCCUGUUAUGUCUUCAGGAAGGUGACACUGUAAACUUUGUCCAGUGAGACACCCACUAGAGCAUUGAAUAAACUUGCAAGAGAGAACUGGGCUCACUAACAGGAGAUCUGGAGCAGAUGCAGCACUGAAAAUAAUCUCACACUUGCAAGGAGUGAUUUAUCGUGACUGUCUAGCAAGAUCAUCCCGUUCUCUCAUAAAAACACUCCUUUUUUUUUUUUUUUUUUUAAUUUGAGAUACUCGGCUGAGAAAAAAAAUGAUGUGAUGGAAGAAACAGCAUGCAGGGAGCAAACAUGUCUAACAGGCAGCAGAAUUUUCACUUUAGUGCUGAUGGCUUUGAAUUGAUGCCUGUCAUGAUGCUUUGGGCAUGGAAAAUGGUGCUGUUGGGUGCAGUGUGGGACCAAUUUCGUUUCAUUCCAGGAAACUGAGAGAGGUUGUGGCAGUUGAUCUCUUAGAAAAAAGUGCAAAUCUUUCUGGGAAAUGUCAAGCCUUUUCUACUCUGUUCUAAUCUAUUCCUUUUUUGCUGCAUCCAUUUUGUCAUUAAAAGAUUUAGGACUGCUUUUGUCUUCUACUGUGAAAAAAAAGAAGUGUUUUUCCUGUGCUUCCCUUCAUAUUAUCUCAUGUCCCUCAGUCCAACUUUCUCUUCCCACUGGAUGGGUACAGAUGAAGCCUGGGAAUUGCACAUGGUGGUUCUUCAUGUUGACUGUACAGCUCAAAGGGUGUUUUUUUUUCUGGUAGUGUAAAAAAAUGUUAAACCAGCUUAUUUCUUCUCUCCAUUGUCAUGCCUUCACGUUUUCCAUGGACCAAAGUACUCCAUGGAUAUUCUGUUUGAUCAACACACUUUUGGAUAAAACCAGUGCCAUGUGACAAUGUCCUGCCAGGGACUGGCUGUGGUGCCAUUUUCUCUCUGGCACUGCUUUUCAGAGAAUUUGCUGCGGUGCUCCUCUUCAGCACCCUGAGAACAGAGGAGCUCAGUCCUUUGUCCUUUCCUGGGAAAAGGCUGGGGAGCGCCUCCUUCAGGCUUUUAUGGCAAACAAGGCAUUGAGGGUAAAGGCUGAGGGAAGAGCUUGGAGCCAAAUGUACAGUUAUUGAAAGAACCACUUGGGAAGGAAAUUGUACUCUGAGACUCUGUUUAGCUCAUUUUGUAAAUAAAGGUGUCUAACCACAGCUGCUGUA